AGUUUUAUCGUUAUCAUCCAUGGACAAGAAGAGCAGAAGGUGAUUUUCAUCAGACUAUUUUGGUUUUCAUAUUCAUCCAUAUCAGAUGCAACCGGUGAAGCAUUCGACACUUAGUAGUUUAGUACUAGGUUAAACAACACCAGUGAGAUGAAGCGGCUAAGGAUAAGAGUUAUUCAGUUAAAGGAGGAUAAAAUUGAACGAAGGAACAACAACAGCAACUGCUUUAUGGUAUACUUCACAUGUAUGUGUAAUAACGAGCAUGAUACCAACCAGGAAGAAUCGUUUUAAAGUUUACUUCAUGUUCAUUGGUUUUCAACAUUCAAGAUAUUUUUAGUCCAAAUGCGGAGUGUACAGUUAACCUGGCUAAACGUCGUUGUUUGUUUGAGUUAAUGGAAAACGCUAAACUAAAUAGUCUAGCUCUUUGGUUCUUCACAUGUUUCUCAUUUUAAAACGUUUACAAACCUUUUAAUCAUCAUACCUAGACUUGUGCUAUGAAUGAGAAUAUUCACUUUCAUUUUUCAGGUUUUUCAAUCAAAGUUACAACUUUAUUCGCAAAAAAUGUCGAUAGCGUAAUAUUUUUGUGUUUAAAAUGUUUUUUCGCUUAAACAAUUGGCGAAACCAUGAAUUAGGAAUAUACCUAACCAAGUCAUGCAGUAACCUUGCAAAACCUCUAGCCUGGUGGUUAGAGGUUUUGAUAAGACUGCUAACUUUCAUAUGUUGUGUGCAUCUUGGGGCAGCGUUAGAAUCUCGCAAGCUAUGUACAGUAAAUGCUCACUCAGGACUAAGCCCCCUGGACUAUCCUAUCCUCCCUUCCUGCUGAAUCCCCAGCUAAGCUGAAUAAAGUCUAGCGCCUUUAGGUCGGUAAAACACCUAGGUAGCAAGAAGUAGACGACGGUUUAAAAGCUGUCGCAGCUGGCUGGUGUACGUGCGAAAAACCUGCAAUAACCGAGGAUUAUUGUAUCGCUUUCAAACGGAAAAUGUGAUGUUUUUAUUUAAUUUCAAAGUUUUUAAUUGAAUAAAAAUCAUCAGGUUUAAUGAUUCACUCGAUAACGCUUAGAUAAGAAACGUUAGACAUCGUUACAAAAUGAUAUUGACUUUCAAGUCUAAACGAUGCAACGUCGUUAAUCUUGACCUAAUAAUGAUUAAAUUGAAACGAUAAAGUAAGGAAAAGGUUGAAAUAAUCAACUUCCUCACUGAACAUUGAAUCUCUUCCUUCUCCUUGAUUCCAAAAUCUCCUCCUAAAUAUUAUUCUCUUAUUAUCAUAACUAUCACCAAUUAUCAUCAUCAUCAUGAUAAUCAUCAUUAUUAUAUGGCUAAAAGGCUGAUUUCCAAUUCAUUUGAAAUUUAAUUUUUCUUCUUCUUCUUUCUCAUACAAUUUCAACUUUUUGUAAAACUUUUCAAAACACUUUUACCACUUAACUCGAUCUAACAAUAUAAAAAUAUCUCUCAAAUGCUAUUAAUAAAAUUGUAACACCCAACUAUUGGAAUGCUAACACAUUAUUAUCCACCCUUUAACGUGCACAUGAACACACAUAUAAAUAAAUGUCCCAAAGGCUUUCAUUGAUCCCAUGUGUGCUAACAAUAGAUAAAGUUUUUCUCAAUCGCCUCCUCAUGAACCCACAAAGUUGAGUGACAAAAAUUGAUUUCCCAUUGCAAUCACCAUCAAUGUUGAAAUGAAACUUUACACAUUCACUUAUCCAUCAGUCAAUCACUGUUUUUUACUCUCCAUUCAAUAAGUUUACAAGUUUUGUUCAAGUGCACUUUUUUUGCCACACAAUUCAACGUUUACGGUUUUUCCUCGUUUCAUUUAUUUUCUCAAUGGUUUAUCAACAAUUUAUAACACGAUUAAUUUGCUUCAACUCACACUUAUGACUUUAUUUAACUUUUGUUUUUAAUCCUUCAUCAUCAUUAUCAUCAUCAGUGUCAAAUUGAAAGGCUCUUAAUUUUUUUUGUUGUUUUUUUUCACUUUAACCGUUACUUUAAAGUCUUGCACUAAUCGUGAUUGAUUUGAUUGCAACCUUUUCAAACUAAUUUCAGUUUCUCUUCUCGUCUUUUCCAACAUCAUUACUAUCAUCGACAAAGAGUUAGAGAAGCAACCAAUUUUACCACCCAAAACUAGGAAUCAACGAAAGAAAAAGAAGAAGAAUGAAAUGAGAAAAUUCUGCACCUCAAUUGCUGCAUUUUCGAGUUGAAUCUUUUCUAUCCAAUCUCAUUAUCUUUAAAUAUCAUCAUUAUUGUUGGUCAACUGCAACAAUUGUUGGGUCAUUCCAAGUUUUUCAUUGUUACAAUCUCAUCACUUGUUUCUUCGUCUCUGAUAUAAUCGUUCAAAACCAAUGGCUGAAAUGAAGGGAAUCCUCGCAGUCAUUGGAACUGCAAUCAUUUACUUUUCAAUCGGACUUUACUUCAGCUCGGGCAAUACAGCCAUCUAUCUAACUUCAUACCUUCGUGCCAAGUCAACCUCAACCGCAACCCUCUCCGACUCGGUUUGGUUUCUCUAUGCAGUCGGCCUGUCAGCCUUGCUACUUCCCUUUGGAGGCUGGUUAGACUCCAAGAUUGGGUCGAGAGCAGUUUGCAUUAUCGGUGGUUUACUGCAAAGUGCUGGAAUUUUCGCAACUUAUUUUGCUCUGAAUCACAGUUUUAUUCUGGUGUUAAUAUGUUAUGGUGGAAGUUUCCUGUUGAGUUGUGGAGUUGCUUAUACAGCUCCUUUGGUUGAGAUUAACAAGUGGUUUCCCGAAAAGAAGGGUCUUGUAACGGGAAUCGCCUGUGCAUCGAUGGCCUUUGCACCAACCGCUUGGACGCCUUUGAUCACAGCCUAUGUAAACCCAUUAAAUAUACCGGCAGAUAUGAAAGGGUACUUUACCGAUACGCUUGUUUUAGAGCGAACCAAAGAUUCUCUAAUUGUUCAAGGUUUGGUUACGUUGUUUUUAUUUUCAAUUGGCACAGCCUUACUUUUCCCUGCUCCAUCAGCUGAAGACUUGGAUUCAGUUAAGAAACAACAGAAAGCCUCUGGCAAUGGUGAGACUGGAAAAGUGGUUAAAUUGAGAUUCGCAGAUGGCCUUACUCCGUCCCAAGCGAUCAAGACUUUUGAAUUUAUAAUUUUAUCCAUCAAAAUUAUGCUCACUGAACUAGUAUUUUUUUACCUCCUCUUUGUUUACAAGCCAUUUGGUCAAACUUUUAUCAAAAAUGACCUUAUGCUUUCAGCCAUUGGAGCUUGUGCUGGUCUAUCAAACUGCUUUUGCCGUCUAUUGAUGGGCUACAUUAAAGAUAUACUCAGCUACAAGGCUUGCUGUAUACCAUUAAGUGCAAUGUCGACCGUUUUGAUUGCCAGUUUACCGUUUAGCUCAAUGGCUCAUCCACUUGUCUAUUCAAUCACAGUAGUUGCUGCUGUUGGUAUCAUUGGCUCUCAAUAUGCUCUUAUGCCAUCGGCCGUUACAGAUACUUUUGGGGAAAAAUAUGCAAGCAUGAAUAUUGGACUUGUUUACAUGUCAACUGUUAUUGCCGAUGUUGGUGGAGCCUUGGGAUCACAAUAUUUAACCGAAUCUCUUGGCUGGACUGGAAUGAUUUAUGCCAUUAGCUUUUGCUCAUUCUUAGAUUUCAUAGCAACUUUUGCCCUUCCAGCUGAUCCUGGUCAACGGCUUAAGGAUAAACUCAAUGCCGAUAAAAUUGUUACUGAAAUUUUACCUGCAUAUCAAAUGAAUAGGAAUAAAGGUGUUAAAGGAUCGACUCCAAUUGUACUUCCAGAAGCUUAUUUAAUGAGAAAAGAAAGCAAUCCAACAAAGACUUCAUUAAACGGGAAACAAUUAAAUUGUUGAUUCAACAUUUAUUGUUCAUUGAUUAUCUCAUCUUUAUCUUCAUCUUCAUGAUUAUCACAAUUGUUGAGCAACAAUCAAAAUAAGGCUGAUUCAAUUUUACCGCACUAUUGGUGUAUCACUGUUACAUCGGUAGAUGGCAAAAGGAGCAUCAUUCAGCUGAUUCAAACUGCUUACCAAAAACAAUUUAUUUUCAAUUGUAUCAAUCAACUUAAUUUAUAUUUUUCAACUCUUUAAAUGAUUUAAUUGUAUUAAAUUUAUGAUUGUCUAAUCUUAAUUAUUGUCGAGUUUAUUACUAAUCAAUUGUGUAUUCAAUUUGGGUUGUUUUGUUUAAAAUGGUUGCGUUUAACGUUUUUACUCUGCACAAAAUGAUUUUAAAUUUUCAUGCUAUUCUAGAUCAGACUUUUUGAAACAUUGGAUGUUUGGGAAUUUAAUGGUUUCAUUACAAGAAGUUUACUCUAUUGAAUAAUUUAAGAAAAGCCAAAACUAAAGUACGCCAUUCGAUUUGAAAUUAAAUUUAAGGAGGGUAGAAAGUCAAUUUUGCGUGAAAUUGACAAUGGAAACUCACCAAAGACUUAAAUCUACUGAAUUUAUCAUCUGUUUAUCCAGCUUUUCAUCUUUCACUAUUGAUUCAGGCUAAUCAACAUGCUACCUUGAAGGUAUAGAGAUGUUCAUUGAUCAAUAGAUGAUAUCAAUCGUAAAAUAUUCCGAAAAUAAAUUCAAUGUGGCAUUUGAAAAUUAAAAUACACAAAUCAAUUCGCUUCACCAUGGGCUGAUUAAAAUGUCUAAACAUUGACUAAUCCAAAUUCAUCUUCAACCGAGAGGGCUCAAUUAGGCAACUCAACUUGCAUAUCCAAGUUACCAGAUGCAAAGCAAACGAAAGAAAGGAUUAUUUCAUCCAGAUUAUAGCUGCUUGUGCUUCAACCAUAAAAUCAAGAAAAAUUUCUCAAUUGAAACAUGGAAAUUUAGAGAUGAACGUCUUAUGAUCAGCCCAGAAAAGCAUCCAAAACUAAGGCUUAAAAUAUGUCAUUUCUUUUGGAUUGGUCAUUGAAUUACCAGAAAACAAGUUGUGCCGUGACAAUUUGAUAAUGACGAGCUGAAAUUAUUAGCAAAUAAUUGGUUUCAUUGCUGCUCAAUUGAGAUACUUAUUGAUCCGUUGUAGUGAUGAUAACUAAUCAAACCUAAUAGGACCAAAAAACCAAAGUAUUGGUAAUUUAAUUUGAACAAUUGAAUGGAAAAGACAAAAUUAAAGGCUAAUCACCAGAUAAAUUGACCUAAUCCGGUGGAAAAUUGUAUUCGCACGUCAACUUUGGGUUACUUUCUCCUAGUCGACACUCGAUGGCCUCUCUUUGUGUCUCCUCUGUCUCCACUCUUUCCACGGUCUAUCAGCUUCUCCUGUCUUUAAACUUCUCUUUCUUUUCCUCUUUCGCCUCACAGCUUCCACUUCUGUAUCAACUUACUCUGUCUCUUUCCUGUCAUCUUUCCUCUUCUCCCUCUUUCUCUGUUUCUCACUUUGUACCUCUUUCCACUCCCAGUCAAUUCUCUGUCUUUUCUGUUUCGCACUUUAGUCAAAACAAACGCCUCUUUGGUAAAAACAACUACAGGGUGAACCCAAAACCAAGUUCCUGUGUAAAUAUAUGUGAUGUAUAUUAGCUUAAAUCAACUAACCCAAGGAAGCAACAAUUUACAGUGAAUCAAACCAAAAAGUAGGGUCAAAGCCAUAAUUAUUACAAGCCUGGAAAAGCCAAGAGAUGAAACAAGCAAAAGGACAACUUGAAAAGCAACACCGAAGCGCAAAAACCCCCCCAAAAUAGCAGUUUGAAAAUUAUGACACAAAAUUGUGACCAUUAACUGAAUCCUAUCCUUUCAUCUUGACCUUGGUUUGUUAAUAGGUUUUCAAUGUUGUUGUUAUAUUUAACAAACAGUAACAUCAACAAAAUUAUCAUUAACAUUACCGACAACAGCAGCAGUAACAAAGGUCAACUCCGAGUGUCUUCUGGUAAAAAUUAAAUCUUGAGAAGCGCAAGCUUGUUGGACUAAAACACUAUUAUCAUUAUUAUGUAUUUCUAAUGAUACUUCCGUGAAUAUGAAGAUGAACAAGAAAUUUUUUUUCUUCUCAACAAAAAAGGAAGCCAAAAGUUGAAAAAGAGAGGGAAAAAAAGAGAUCAGAAUUGAUGUUGAGAUGAUCUUAACUUUUUUUUCUUCGUUCCUCUUUUACUUCAACAUCAUUUUAACUUGUUGAUAAUAAGACAAUAAAUAGGAAACAUGAUUUACCUUGAGAAAGCUUUAUAAUAAUGAA